CAAAGGCGGCGGUGCAGAUGGACGCCGACAACCUCUUGCUCUCCCUGGAGCUGGCGAGUGGCAGCGGCUGGGGCCUAAGCUCCUUCCGCCGGGCCUCGCUGCUCGCGUCCCUCCUGCUGGUUAAGCGCGACUACCGCUUCGACCGGGUCCUCUUCUGGGGUCGCAUCCUCGGCCCGGUCGCCGACUACUACAUCGCGCAGGGCCUGAGCAAGGACCUGCUGGCACCGCGCAAGACGCUCUACAGCCUGAACUGCACAGACUGGAGCCUCUUGCCCCCCGCCACAGAGGAGAUGCACACACAGACAGCUGUGGUGAGUGGCCUCUUCAUGGGGGAUCCGUCCCACGAGUAUGAGCAUGCGGAGCUCCAGAAGGUGGAUGAUGGCGAGAAGGUCUUCGAUGAAGAAGUAGUGAUGCAUAUCAAAGAGGAGACCCGCUUGGUGUCUGUCAUUGACCAGAUUGACAAGGCUGUGUCCAUCAUCCCCCGAGGUACCCUGUGCAAGACCCCUUUUGGACCUACCCAUGUCAAUCGCACUUUUGAAGGCCUGUCCUUGUUUGAGAUAAAGAAGCUCAGCUCCUACUUCCACUUCUGGGAGCCUACUGACCUGAAGAAUAAGACCUUGCUGGAGAAGGCGGACCUGGACCCCUCCCUGGACUUCCUGGACUCUCUGGAGUAUGACAUCCCCAAAGGGUCCUGGAGCAUCCAGAUGGAGAGGGGCAAUACUCUCGUGGUACUACGCAGCCUGCUGUGGCCAGGCCUCACCUUCUACCACGUUCCCUGCACCAAGAACUACGGCUAUGUUUACGUGGGCACUGGAAAGAAGAACCUGGAUUUGCCCUUCAUGCUGUAGGGUGGGCAGCGGGGUCCUUCUGAUAUGGAGUCUAAAAUGUUAUUUUCAUAACAUUUCAAUGAACCUGGCCUAUCUGUUC